CGCCCGGCCCGCACCUGCCCCGGGGCCGCCCCGCCGGAGUCGGGCCGAGCGCCUCGGAGCUGCUGCCGGAGCCGCAGCCGGAGCCGGCGCCCGCCAUGGGCGUGGGCUAUGGGGGGAUGCGCUGCGUCAAGAUCCUGCUCUUCAUCUUCAACCUGACCUUCUGGCUGGCAGGACUGGCUGUCGUUGCCUUUGGGCUGUGGCUGCGGUUUGGUGGGCCCAUGGCAGAGUUUGCUACAGACAAAAAAUCCCCAGAACUUUUCUUCAUGGGACUCUAUGUACUGGUGGGAGCAGGGGCCAUCAUGUCAGCAGUUGGAUUUUUCGGGUGCUGUGGAGCAGCACGGGAGUCCCAGUGCCUAAUUGGAACAUUCUUUGCUUGCCUGUUGGUGAUAUUUGCAGGUGAGGUCACUGCUGGAGUAUUUGCCUUCAUAGGCAAGAAAGUGGCAAUACAGGAAGCCCAGAAAAUCUACGAAGAUGCUUAUGAGGACUACAUGAAGAGCCCAGUGGGGAAGGUGAACAGUACCAUCUAUCGCUACCACGUGGCUCUCCAGUGCUGUGGUAAAGGUAAUGUGGAACAACAAAAGGAAUUACCCUGUCCAGAGAACAUCCAGCUGCCAAAGAACUGCCUGGUUGAAAUUCAGAAUGUAAUUGAUGCUCAUCUGCACUUAGUUGGAAUUGUUGGAAUUGCAAUUGCUAGCAUCACAAUCUUUGGCAUGAUAUUCAGCAUGGUUCUGUGCUGUACGAUCCGUAACAUGAGAGAAAUGAUCUAAAACUGUCACUGCACAACUGCCAGGAGUUCCAGACUAAGCUUACAAGAAGUGCUCUUCUACCCAAUUUAAUAAUUGUAAUGCAUUUUAAUCAGUGUUUUAACAUACUGAGAGGAAAAUAUCCCAUUAGGUGAUCAGAUGAAUUGUAUUAGUUACAGUAAAACUGAAGUGAAAAAAAAGGGGUUUAAAAUGUCCUUUUUAAUGAAAAAAAAAGCAAAGGUGGAUCUAAGACUAAUUUGAUUUUUAAUGUUUGUAUAUGUGCAAUUAAGAGUUUACACAUGUAUAGACGUUGUGUGAGCACAUGCAUCUCUGUCCUUACAAACAGCUGGAUGUGAGCAGCUCCCUGGAUGUGCAGCACCUGCAGGUGGAGCAGGCUGUGUGCACAUCCCACAGGGACACAGUGCCCUCUCACACCCAGCCCCUGUUUGCCAAGAAUCAGCAAAGGCACAAAUGCCAUUGUAAAAAGUAACACCUGUGAUCCAUUUUGUGACUUUAUUUUCCAAAGCCCAAACAGAAUAGAACUAAUAAAAUUGGACUUUAAAAAAAUUAUUAAUGCCUAAGGGCUUGCUCCAGGAAACUUGACUUCAUGUGAGCAGACUCACUGACUUCACUGCCAUGAGAGACUGGGUAUUUAUUUUUUGUAGGACUGGACCCUUCAUACAAAUGCAGAAAGUUCUGGGGGAGAAAACACACCCAAGGAGAUCCAGGCUAAAGGAAGAGGGGGAAGGAGGUGGGAAGCUGGCAAGACCAGGCAGUCAUUUGGGACCAACUGAAGUGCAAAGUGUGCUUAAGCUUCCCAAGCUAGGCUGAGAUACACCAAAAAACCCAACUGUGAGUUCAAGGGGCCACUAAAAUCCACAUUCAGCAGCCCCUUUGUCCCAAAAGCCUCACUGUGGCUACAAAGUGGUGCAGGAGUGGAGCCUAGGUCCAGAAAAGCAGCCCCUUUUCAGAUCUCUGGAGAAUCUAACUGGCCUGUGGAAGCCAAACAAAGAGUGAAAGUGGUCAGAAAAAGACACACAGCACUUUAAUAUCCUCAGUUUCUGCUUCUGUGACUAUCACAGCUUCCACAGGGCUCUUACCUCAACCUCUGGCCCUCUCCUGGGGGCAGAAGGCAGGAAAGGAAGAUGGGACAUUUUUACAGAAGUGAAGUUUUCUUACUGGCACCUUUAGAUUGCAUGUCAGGUAUAAAAAUUACACUGUGUGCUUGAAAUACCUCAAGGCUUGCGUUUACAUAGUGUGUUUCUAUAUUUUCAUUUUUCUAUUUGUCAUAUUUAUUCAUAAGAGAAUGUUCCUUUUGAACCAGCCUAGAAGGGAGAAAGGUUGUCCCCAGAAAAACAAAUUAUAUCAAAGGCUCAGGAUCUCUUAGUUUUUGGCUUACUCGAGAUAAUUCAGUUUCAGAGAGCUUUUUGUUAACUACACCCCCACAGCAGCAGAUCUGGUGAUCACCAGCUCAGAUUCCUGAUGCAGUUGUUCCAUUCAUGAUGGGGAGUUCAGUUAAACCACACAUUCCAGUAGACCAUUGGCUGAGAGGCCUUGGAAUUCACAAGUCAUGGGGUCCUUGUUCCACUGAAACACAGUGGAACAAAAUAGGAUUUCAGGAAAUAUAUGUAUUCAAACACAUGUUUGUGUGGGAUAUACCACCCUUUAUCUGUUAUUUAAUUUUUAUCUCUUAUUUCCCAAGGAAAUUCAAACUCUCAUCAGUUUUCUGUCACUUCAGGACUUGGGGUAGUGCUGCUGCUCCAAGUCUCUGGUUUAGCUGACACAUUUUGCUGUCUUUUACAUGGAUUUCUCUUUUCCAAUCAUCCAAGCAUGAGCUGUGGCACUGCACUAAGAGCUGGGCAUGGCAGGCACUGCUGACUGAGCCGUGUCCAGGCUGAGCUUCAGGCUGCAGGGACACAUGAGAUCACACACCAGCAAAGAGCCAGGCUUGUGUCACUGUCACAGCUGAUUAGCAAUGGAUGUUAAUUAGGAACAGGGCCUGGGACCUCAUUCUGCAAGAACCAGAACAGGAAACCUGAUCUGCUGCUUGCUCCUAAAACAGGCUCAGCUGGGAGGAUGGCAGUGGCAGCAAAUCCAUGAGGGUCUCAAGUUGAGCCUUAGAAAUCAGUUUAACACAGCAAAGCAAUUUCCUGGCUCCCAGGUGUACCUGAGACUGUCCCUACAAUGGUUGUGCUCUGAAGAGAUGUUGGGUAGUGCCCAGCUGGGGUGUGUUGUCCCACACAGGCAGCACUGGCAGAAAGAAGAAACUCUUGCAAAAUGUAAUUUUUGCCACUCAGGACAAGCCAGUUUUCCAGGAAAAAUAGCACCACAGCCAGUGAUUCAGGUUCCAAGAUUGUUGCCCUACAAGGAUUGAAACUGAUUGCAAAUAAAGCAAUUUCCUUGUGUUACA